AUGCCCUAUACACCGUCUGGCUUUUUCUGCGACCGGUUGAUCCGGGAACGAGAGAGGAGAGACGGGGAAGGGUCUCUGAACAAGCCCCUCCGCUUCAACAGCCAGGACUUCAGCGUCCUGAGACAGGAGUGCCUUGGGAGGAAGACCCUGUUUGAGGAUGACUCUUUCCCAGCCACUGUGGAGUCUUUGGGCUUCAAGGAGCUCGGACACAAGUCCAACAAGGUCAAGAACAUCGUCUGGAAGAGGCCCAAGGAAAUCUGUGAGAACCCUCAGUUCAUUGUUGGAGGAGCCAGUAGGACAGACAUCUGCCAGGGAGAUCUUGGUGACUGCUGGCUGCUGGCUGCCAUCGCCUGUCUCACCUUGAACGAGAAGCUUCUGUACCGCGUUGUUCCCCAGGAGCAGAGUUUCUCAGAGGGAUAUGGCGGCAUCUUCCACUUCCAGUUCUGGCGUUAUGGCGACUGGGUCGAUGUCGUCAUUGACGACCGCAUCCCGACCUUCAACAACCAGCUGGUCUUCACUAAGUCCGCCGAGAGGAACGAGUUCUGGAGCGCCCUGCUGGAGAAGGCCUAUGCCAAGCUUCACGGCUCCUACGAGGCCCUGAAGGGUGGAAACACCACCGAGGCCAUGGAGGAUUUCACCGGUGGAGUCACUGAGUUCUACGAGAUGAAGGAGGCUCCCAAAGAGCUCUACAAGAUCAUGAAGAAAGCUCUGGAGAGAGGCUCCCUCAUGGGCUGCUCCAUCGAUUCUCUGGUUCCUGCUCGUUUUGAGACUCGCACCGUGACGGGACUUGUGAAGGGUCACGCCUACUCUGUGACAGCAGUGGAGGAGUGCAAAGCGUCGCAGCACAAGGAGGCCAAAGUCCGUCUGGUGCGUCUCAGGAACCCGUGGGGUCAAGUGGAGUGGAACGGUCCCUGGAGUGACAACUCUAAGGAGUGGGCCACGCUCUCCAAGUCUGAAAAAGAGAAGCUGCAGCACCAGAGUGCCGAGGAUGGAGAGUUCUGGAUGUCAUUCGAGGACUUCAAGAAGAACUACACCAAGAUCGAGAUCUGUAACCUCACCCCCGACGCCCUGGAGGACGACAAGAUUCACAAGUGGACGGUUUCUGUGAACGAAGGUCGCUGGGUGAGAGGCUGCUCCGCUGGAGGCUGCAGGAACUAUCCAGACACUUUCUGGACUAACCCUCAGUACCGCCUCCGUCUGCUGGAGGAGGACGACGAUCCCGAGGACAACGAAGUGGGCUGCACCUUCGUGGUGGCUCUGAUGCAGAAGAACAGGCGGAAAGAGCGCAAGAUGGGAGCCAACCUGUUCACCAUCGGAUUCGCCAUUUACGAGGUGCCAAAGGAGAUGCACGGGAACAAGCAGCACAUGCAGAAAGACUUCUUCCUGUUCAGCUCCUCCAAAGCUCGCUGCAAGUCCUACAUCAACCUGCGCGAGGUGACCCAGCGCUUCCGCCUGACCCCGGGAGAGUACGUCAUCGUUCCCUCCACGUACGAGCCGCACCAGGAGGGAGAGUUCAUCCUGCGAGUCUUCUCUGAAAAGAGGAACACCUCAGAGGAGAUAGAGAACAGGAUCGAGGCUGAUCAUCCAGUGGUGAGUGCGUUUCUUUGCUUUUGCACUUGGAAAAGAUCUCCAGCAUUCUGUUUUUUCUUUCUACUUCGUGGCUCCAUGACGUCUCAGCCGGCGCCGGCCUCAGCGGGGGAAGAGAGCGAGGAGGACCAGCAGUUCAGGACUAUUUUUCAGGAGAUAGCCGGCGAGGACAUGGAAAUCACAGCCAACGAACUGAAAAACGUUCUCAACAGAGUGAUCACCAAACAUAAGGACCUGAACACGGAGGGCUUCAGCCUGGAGAGCUGCAGGAGCAUGAUUGCUCUGAUGGACAUGGAUGGGACAGGCAGACUCAACCUUCAGGAGUUCAGACAUCUGUGGAAUAAGAUCAAACAGUGGCAGGGAAUCUUUAAGCACUAUAACGCCGACCAGUCUGGUAGCAUCAACAGUUACGAGAUGAGGAAUGCUGUCAAUGAUGCAGGCUUCCGUCUCAACAACCAGCUGUACGACAUCAUCACCAUGCGCUACGCCAACGAGAACAUGAACAUCGACUUCGACAGCUUCAUCAGCUGCCUGGUUCGGCUCGAAGCCAUGUUCAGGGCGUUCCAGGCCUUUGAUCAGGAUGGAGACGGUACAAUCAGGCUCAGUGUCCUGGAGUGGCUCCAGUUGACCAUGUACGCCUAGACAGGCCACCUUCUCCCAGGUGAGCUCCACUCCACACGAGGACCAGACCUGCCAGCCGUUACCUCAACAUUCAGUGUGCCCGAUCGUCGUUAGCUCUCAUCCACUUCACCUCCCCCUCAAGUCCCAACAUCCUGCUUCUUCCAUCUUCACCUCUUCAGUUUUACUUGCCUCUAUCUCGGUCUCAGGCAUUUCCUUUUCUCUGCUCUUGUCCUCCCAUUACCAUCGAAAAAAAACAAAUAUCAGUCUUGAAAAACACUUGUACGGUACUUUUCUCAGGCAUCAAACACACACAACCUCUUUUUUUUUUCUGUCACAAUACCUCACAGACCUCCAUCUAACAACCCCCCUUUGUGUUCUUCUUCUGUUAUCAAACUGAGCAGCAAGGUCAUUUUUUUUUCCUGUAUUCAUUCCCGUGAACUGGGCUCUCUGGUGGACAGUGAAUAAACUUGUGAAUCACUCUAACAUCCCGUUAUACUUCUGAUAAAACACCAACAACACUUUCUGCAUGGUCUCCUCAGGCCUCCCAAACACAAUCUCUCUGCCCCGCAUCUUGUUUUUAAUCACUUAUUUUUGUGAAUUAAACGAUCCUGCUUGGAUGUUUGUGGGCUCUCAGUAAUCAGUCACGUCACCAGUCGGCAAAUCUCAGGCUUCUUUUGUUCAUCUCAACGCCCCCCCGCCACCCCGCUCUCCUCUCCCCUUCCUCCUCCUCCUCCUCGACAACAUGUCCAAGUCUGCCUGUGUUUCAGCUCUUCAUGUGGAUGGAUGAGAUUUAAGAACAAAACUGUGGAGCUGACAAGUUUUUACAAAGAAACAUCGACGUUCGAGGUUCAGAUAUGGAUUUGAAAGAAUAUGGCUAAUGGGUUGGACUGCAGCUUUUUUGUGAUUUUUUUUUUCCUUCUUCCUAUUAAGGCUUUGGUCAAAAUGAGUGUACUGCAAUUUUUAACCAUUUUAACCCAAUAAAUAAAUUUGUAGUUAUUGGUUUG